AUGGGUGUUCACGGACUCUGGGAACUGCUCUCCCCCGUGGGCCAUCGAGUAUCAAAUGAGCAUGUCCGGAAUAAGGUAUUGGCUGUCGAUAUAUCAAUAUGGCUCACGCAGUUUGUUAAGGCGAUGCGAGAUGCAGAGGGUGCACAGGUUAGAAAUGCUCAUCUUCUUGGAGUCUUUCGCCGUUGCCUUAAGCUUUUAUUCCUUUCUGUCCGCCCCAUUCUUGUGUUUGAUGGGGCUACCCCAGCUAUAAAAAGACGAACACUUGCCUCUCGACGCGCACAGAGAGAGAAGCAAGCGGCGAAACUCAGACGACUGGCUGAAAAAAUGCUGGUUAAUCAAUUGCGACAGCACGUUGUAAAUGCCGCAAUUACCAAGAGUGGAAAGCGAAAAUUAAAUGGUUUGCCUCCAUUGCCACCACCCACGAAACUUGAUGAAGAGGAGCAACUUGUACCUUCCCCGACUGAGCGAGUAGUGCUCGCUAACGAGCAAACCAAGGCUCAGCAGAUCGAAAAUGACGAAGUUUUUGCUGCUGACCUUGCUGACGAAGAGGAACAGCUUGAGAGAAAUCGAGAUGCUGAAGCCAUAGCUCUUCCAGAAGAUGCAUUUGAUCUAGACGAUGAAGCUGUUGGCAGCCUACCACCCAACGUGCAAGCAGAAGUUUUCAAGCAAAUCAAACUACGCCAACGCGCAAAGCACAGAGAACAGAUGAUGUUGAAGCAGCGGAACCCGUCAGAGUUUUCAAAGACUCAAAUAGAAGGCUUCCUGCGGUCUACCGCACUCAACCGUAAGAUCUCAACUGUGAGGAGAGCCAUAAACUCAAAGUCUGGCGCCUCCCAGCGCAUUGCCUCUGACAGUGGCAGGCGAUUCGUCCUCGAUGAGAGCCCGAUAAAAAAUUCGGAUGUCGGACAACGGAGCGAUAGCGAUGACGAUGAGUUACUAUCAGCUCACAAAAGGGGAAGGAAGACCAAUCACGCCCCAACUGAUAUCCUUGCACGCAUCCGAGCAAGCCGAGAUCAAUCUCAGAUGAAGGCAAGACUGAGUAGGAAGCACUUAAAACAACCUAAACCUAUUGAAAGCCGACCUAACUCAGGGGUUGGAUGGGCAUCAAGGGUGCUAGAGGGGCAGGGGGGGCUGUUUUUAGGUGCGAAAUCGGGCCUGCAGUCGACUGUUGGAGACGAAUCGGAUUCUUCACUGGACGAAGAACAACCCGAAAUACAAUUUGCCCUGCAGACUUCUCGUGAUAAGCAAAACGCGGCUACGCUCGUGGAUUCAAGAAGUUUAGGAGAUGAUGAAGACGAUGAUGUAGAAUGGGAAGAUGGUGCUACAGAUGGGAAUAUUGUCGUACACAAUGCCUCAAUGUGCAUUUCAGAGCCUUCUAUAGCUAACGAGAAGAAGGAAGAAUUCACAAGCAGAGAACUCGGAAUCCAACACAAUCAGACCGAUGAAAAUAGAAACUCUCUACAAGAAGAUUUGGAAUCUGACACUGAACAUGUUGCCGGCAUAAAAGCCGCGCAGGAGUCGAAGCUGUCUUUUCAGAAAGAAGCCAUGGGUUCCAUUCAGUGGGCCUCUGGCCAAAUUGGGAGUAUUCGAAGCGUAAGCGAUGGAGAUGAAGCCGGCGAACAGUCACUUGACAUGCACAGGGGCCAUCUAAAAGUGCGCGGUUCACAGGAUGAUGAGAUUGCUUCUCAGCGGAUGCCCUCACAGGAAUGUUUCAAGUCUGGUAGUGCAUCUGUAGGCGAAAAUGAAGGCACAAAAAAACAAGAGGAGAGACAACUGGAGGGUCGAGCUCCGGACUCCAAUUCAUUGCCGAAAAGCGGGAAUGGUCAGAGUAAAUGCCAUAGUGAGGAGGAUCGAGAUCUGUGGAUAGGUCCAGAGCGCUCCGUGCGAAGCGAGGAUCCAGAAAAGAAACAUGACGGCACGAGACCGCCUCUAAAAGGUCUGGUGAACGAAAAGACGAGAAUUCCAGACAAUCGCGGCUCACUAACGGUACAGUCCUCGCGAAGCGCGGCUUCAGAUCUGAUGACUCUGCGACAUGAAUCAAGAAAGAAGACAAUAUCUGAAGAAGAAGAAGAACGAGACCUACAACUUGCUAUUGCUCGUUCAAUAGAAGCUGAGGGUCAGACAGGGCAGGCGGGUGAUUCCCCAGAUCCGGUGCCGUCUGAGGACAUGAAAACCGAAGGAAGUCGCGGCGACAUCGCGAAACUAUCCAAUGUAGAGUUGUCAAAGGCAGGUCCCUCUGAGGUCUUUCCUAAAUCUAAGAGUCCUCCUCUCCGUGACAUGAUGAACGAAAACCAGAAUCAAGCAGCACCGGAAUCACAGUUGAAUCUAGGUUCGAUUCCGCCCGACAGGGCCGCCAAUGAUGGAGCAAGGCCAAGUUGGAGCCAGUCUCAUAGCGAAGAGGAAGUGCUUAAUAUUUCUGACGUCGAAUCUCGACACUACGAAGCCGGCGAAAUGUCUGACGAGCGCUUGAAAGAACUUCGAGAUGAGCUCGACGUGGAAGCCCAGGAUAUCAAGCGACAAAGAAACUCUGAACAAGGCGCGGCAGAGUCCGUUUCAGACGAAAUGUAUGCCGAGACGAGGGAUCUUCUCAAGCUUUUUGGCAUUCCCUACCUCGAAGCUCCGACUGAAGCAGAAGCUCAAUGCGCUUUCCUAGACAAGGAGAAAGUUGUGGAUGGUGUCAUUACUGAAGAUUCAGAUGCCUUCCUGUUUGGGGCAAGAACCGUGUACAGGCGAUUAUUCUCCGAGGGUCGCUUUGCAGAAGCGUACGAGUCUCAAGAUGUUAAGAACAGUCUCGGCCUUGACAGAGAAAUGCUGAUUCGAUUGGCGUAUUUACUGGGAUCAGACUACACAUCAGGUGUUCGCGGGGUUGGCGUUGUAAAUUCCAUGGAGAUCCUGGAGGCGUUUCCCGGGGAACGCGGCUUAGAAGAAUUUCGAGAGUGGAUGAAGCGAGUAAGUAUUUUCGAUGAGGAACCAGAUGAAAGCACCUUGGAGGGAAAAUCGCAGGAAGCAGUGAGAAGACGUUUCUGUUGGAAACAUAGAAAUAUGAAACGAAACUGGGAAGUCAGGGAAGGAUUUCCAAAUAGACAGGUCGCGGAGGCAUAUAGAAGGCCAGACGUGGACAAGAGUACAGAAAAAUUCAAAUGGGGCAGGGUUGACUUCAAUGGGCUCGCACGAUUUUGUUGGGACAAGUUUGGUUGGGAGCAUGACAAGUUUAACGAUGCCGUAGCCCCUCUGCAGAAAAAGCUCUCCGAAGAAUCAGGGAUGCAACAACGGAGAAUUGACGAGUUUUUCAAGCCUCACCGCUUUGCCAAAAUUCGCUCAGAACGGCUGCAAAAAGCUGUGAAAGGGAUUGCAGGGGAGGAUGCAAAGGAGCUUAUGUCGACACUGCAACCCAAAGCGAAACGACGGAAAACUGCCCCCGUUGCCCAUAUUGCCACUGUUUUGCCAGAUGAGGAGGAGGCUAUGUACAUUUUUACUACAUUUAAGUGCAUUACUGCUUAUAAAAAUACGCGGGAGUUUAAACCAUCUUGUACUGCGCAUCGCCUAAGAAAAUCAAACCGGAUUCUGGCGCAGUGCCAGCUGUACUGGGCCAAGACAAUCAGUACAAGCAUUUCCCGCGGUUUUAACUUCGCUCCUACUCCGCAUCCAAAUGAAACUUCCCUAUUUUGGGUCCCAUCGGUAACGGGGGGGUGCUGCUGUGGACUCACUACCGACUCCGACUGGCCUCAGACACUUCUCGUUCAAGUAAGAUUCAAAGUUACAUCUUGA